CCAGACUAUACAGAGCGGACUCCAGGAAUCACAGCGACGAAGUACAAAUAAAAUAUGGCUAGAAAUCUAAACAUUUGUAAGAUUUCCAUGAAACGGCUCCCUGCACGAAUGGCUUUGGCGGCAAUGGCGUGGCUCGGCUUCAUCAACCUGUAUAUGGUGAGGAUCAACCUCUCCGUCAUCAUCGUGGCAAUGGUGCGCCGCAAUACCACUGUCGAAAGGAGAGCUCCUUGCCUCUCCCUGGUCAACAAUACACUUGGUCUCGAGACAGAUGACAGUCCGCGCAUGACAGAAAACGAGGAAGGUGAGAUGAACUGGGACGAAACAAUUCAAGGUUUUGUGUUGGGCAGCUUCUUUUACGGUUACGCAGUGUCUCAGAUAAUUGGUGGUCGCGUGUCUGAAUUAUAUGGCACAAAAUGGGUUUUUGGAGGAUGCAUAUUUUCGGGAGGACUUUCUGCACUCUUAUCACCCGUUGCUGCACGUGCCCACUAUGGCGUCUUCAUUGCUCUCAGGAUCAUCCAGGGAAUAUGUCAGCAUUGUGGGGUCCUGCAGUAA